AUGCUCAAGUUAAGUCACACACAAAAGCCUUCAACGGGGUUAAUACUACCCUACAUAAGGUGUUUACAUAUUUUGAAGACAAAGCGACGAGGUCAGAGUUUCAACAUCAUUUUAAAUUCAUAUUUUAGUCGAGCCAAAUCCAAUAACAUAUUUCCCAAAAGAAUUGUAGAUUUUAUAAAACAAGAAACACUGUACAUAGCCGAAAAAUUUACAGAGCAUGAGGAGUUGGCCCCAAAUACCUUUGACAAGAACAUUCAUGAAACUUUGAAACCAAGCAUAAAGUUAGAGAUAAAAAAUUGCAUAGAUGACUACACCAGGUUCGUCAAAAUUCUUCAUUACAACCCCGUAGACAUACUCCCGUCUGUGUAUAUUCACUACUUGGAAACACUUAAAGUGAGUGUAGAUGAUCCUAUCAGGAAAUUGACGGUUGAGAGAUUAUGCCACUACGGUCUUUAUGAUUACAUCUGGAAGUGCCUAAUAAAUGAAACCAGCACCAUAAACGAUAUUGAAGAGAUAAUUGACGAAAUGGGGAACAGUUUGGAGAGAAAUAACAACCUUCUGGUAGGGCUUUUUAGGAGCUUGAUAGCCUCUCAACAUUUUGUACCUAAUCAAUCUUUGAAGAGUGUCAUUCUUGAUGCAACUUGUCACAACUUUUCCCUCCCUAAGGACGAGAUUUUGAAAGCUUUGGAAUUGUUGGAAGCGAAAAACUUCACCCUGAGAAUGCCAGAGAAUCAAUGGGAGUGGCUUCUUGUCAAUAGGGAGUUGUUACGAACUCGACAGAGACUUCAUGAUUUCAUAUCACCUUCUACCUUACCUGGAUGGUUCACGUUUCUCACGGAGAAUACAAAAGUCACUUCUAAGGAUACAUUUCUCGAUAUCAUACAUGCAGGUAAAAGCUUGGAAAUCAAUGACCGUGAUUUAUCGAAUGUAUUGGAAUUAAACGUUCUUUCUGUCAACGACCUUAUGAAACUUGUCAGGGAAAAUUACUUAAUUUCACUGGGAAUCAACCUGUCUCUAACGAAGUUGGUUGAAUUAUGUAUCAAGGAGAACGCAGAAGAAGCCCUUUGCGAAAUACUAUCGGGUUAUAGUAAAUCGGUUCGACCAUCUGUGCUAUCUGCGGCAUUAUGUUAUUUGCACAAGUCCGGAUCUACAGAAUCUGAUCAUAUUUUGAAUUUGGUUUUCCAUGAAUCUUUUGAAAUGGAAAGAGUCAAUAUAUUUGGUACCUUUUUGAAGAAUUGUGUCCCAUUCGAUGAAUGUUCUCCUAUGAUCCACAAGGCAGUAAUUUCCAUCCAUCAGACCGAAGGGUUUCCAUUAUUCCUAAGAAAUAAAUUUACCAUCCACUCCGAGCAAAAAGGUGAGAUUCUUGAUUUGUACAAGAGCUUCAUUCAGUCAGUCCCGCUUUCUACGAAGAUCAUUUUGGAACUUAUGAGAAACAUUUCUAUAAGAAACCGGAUAUAUGAUGAUUCGAUAGUUUCAACUUUAUUCAAGAAAGCUUUUGAGAAGCUCAGCAUAAUAGACGAUUCAUUCCCUGAUUUGAAAACGAAAAGAAAGUUUACCAGCACUGUUCGAUCAUUUGGCCAACUAGUAUCAGAUCUUGACGAUGAGGGCAUCAAUCGAAUUUUAACUUGUAUAUAUGUGUGCACAACUAGUCAUGACUUUAUGAAGAACACUUCCCUGGAAUUCAAAUUCAGGCUAUUUCAAAAGGUGAGUGAACAAGCUAUCAGAUUUCUUGAAAGAAAGAAAUCUCAUGAAGACAUUUUGGGUAUCGUUAACGGUUUACAAAUCCCUUCGAGUGCCAAGCUUCCCUUCGCAUAUAAUAUCGAAGUCAAAAAAGACCCAAAAGUAGCUUUAAGAAUCUUAGAAGAUCACAAGAAUAGGAAGGAUGGGUUUACUUCGGACAUGGUCAAAUUCAUAGAGAGAGGUAUUCUUGAAAACCGAGAGAAAACAGAAUUUGAAAAACUCAAAUUAUUCAAUGAGUUCAGAACAAAUUUAUUGGCUUCGGGGUAUGACGUGCAUUUCAACAAAAACAAUGUUAUCAUUAUAAUCAAGAUGAUAAUCCAAGCAAGUAAAAAGGAGGAUAAACCCAAAUUGAUCAAGGUCAUAAAAGCUCUCGGGAAACAGCAGAAAUUACCUCCAUUCGUCAUAAGUAAGUGGGUGAAACAGGCUGGAGUUUCUUGA